AGAUGGCUGCGCCCAUGAAAUGAGAUUUUUUUAAUUUGCGGACCAAAACACCUUCUAAUCCAAUUAUUUGUUGACAUAAAAGGUAGACAAUCCUGUGUGAGUUAGGACUUCAAGAUGCUACGAGCAAUUGGUACGAUUUCUGUGAGCAAACUGUGUAAUUACUCAAGAUCUGUACAAAGUCAGUCCAGGUCCAUGUCAUGUUUAUGGAACAAUAAUCGUCAUCAACAACAUAAAAACAUAGGAAAAAGGACAAGUAAAUUACAGUCGAUAUGGCGACCAGGCACUGUAAUCAAUUCUCAACCGUGGCGAUGGGAAACAGUACGGAUGGCUGGGCACAGUAAAUGGGCCAAUAUACGCCAUACCAAGGGUGCCAAAGACCAAGAGAAAAGUAUGACGGCAGCAAAAAUGGUGCAGAAAAUAAGUGUAGCUAUUCUAGAGGGCGGAGGCACUGAUCCCAAGUUCAACCACCUCUUGGCGAGAGUUUGUACUGAGGCACAGAGCAAGAACGUCCCGAAAACAACUGUUGAUGCUGCGAUUAAAAGAGCACGUGAAAAGAAGGAAUCAAACGAGAGGCUACUCAUAUGCGCUGUUGGACCUGGCAGUUGUUUUUUACUCAUAGAAGCUCUCACAAGUCAAAUAAAAAGGACAAAACAAGAACUUACUGGCCUGAUUAAAAAAAAUGGGGGUAAAGUGGCCGAUAUGAAAAUGGCAUCAUUCUCAUUUUCCGAGAAGGGUGUAAUACUAGUGCCGUUGGAGAAAAUCGGUUUUGAUAUGGAUCGAGCGGAGGAGUUGGCUAUAGAGGCUGGAGCAGAGGAGGUCUCGAAGGAUAAGGAUGAGGAUGGUGAAGCAGUGUGGAAGUUCGUGUGUGACCCCAUGGAUCUACCGUCAGUCAAGAAAAUCCUCGAGGCCGAAAAUAUAGAAAUGAUAUAUUCUGGGAAUCAAUUCAUUGCCACAAAUUACCAGAAAGUUAGCGAGACUUUUCAGGAACCUUUGACAAAAUUCUUUGAUAAGAUAGAAAAUCAUGCAGACGUCAUCAAAAUUUAUGAUAAUAUAGACAUGGACUGAGAUGAAGGAUUGAAGGUGAACGGAAUAACUUAUGCUAAUUAUUUGGACUGUUCGACAUUAUGGCUAUUGGGUGUGUUGUCAGGUUAUUGUAUGUUGGUGGAUGGCCUUUUUUACUGUCUGUGCAUAUCAAUGCCUCAGAAUCAAGUCAUAAAUUGAAUUUGAUUCACUUCAAAUUGAUAGACCUACCAAAAUGUUUCCAUGGAGAUGGAAAUAUGUCUGUUUUCUUUUACAAUAAAAGAUUAAAGUGA